AUGUCGACUGACAAGAUCACCUUCCUCACUAACUGGCACGCCACGCCCUACCAUGCGCCAUUGUAUCUCGCUCAAGCCAAGGGCUACUUCAAGGAAGAGGGUGUCAAAGUUGCUCUGCUGGAGCCCAAUGAUCCGAGUGACGUGACCGAGAUCAUCGGGUCUGGCAAGGUAGACCUCGGCUACAAGGCUAUGAUCCACACGCUUGCUGCCAAAGCCCGCGACUUCCCUGUCACAUCCAUUGGCAGCCUUCUCGACGAGCCGUUUACAGGCGUGGUCUACCUCAAGUCGUCUGGUAUCAACGCCGACUUCCAAACACUCAAGGGCAAGCGCAUUGGAUAUGUCGGCGAGUUCGGCAAGAUCCAGAUCGACGAGCUGACUUCUCACUAUGGCAUGUCUCCCGCCGACUACACCGCGGUCCGCUGCGGGAUGAACGUGUCCAAGGCCAUCAUCAAGGGCGAGAUCGACGCCGGCAUCGGCCUUGAGAACGUGCAGAUGGUCGAGCUCGAGGAAUGGCUCGCUGCUCAGGGCAGACCCAAGAGCGAUGUGCAGAUGUUGCGCAUCGACCAGCUCGCUGAGCUGGGGUGCUGCUGCUUCUGCACUAUCCUGUACAUCGGGAACGACAAGUUCGUGACUGAGAACCCGGACAAGGUUCGAGCGUUCUUGCGCGCCGUCAAGAAAGCCACAGACUUUGUGCUUGAGCAGCCUGAGCAGGCCUGGCUGGAGUAUGUCGACUUCAAGCCUGUGAUGGGGACCGACCUCAACCGCAAAAUCUUCGAGCGAAGCUUCGCCUACUUCUCCAAGGACCUCAAGAACGUUCAGCGCGACUGGCAGAAGGUGACCAAGUACGGGAAGCGUCUUGGGGUGCUGAGCUCCGACUUCCAGCCGAACUACACCAAUGAGUUCCUUGAGUGGACUCUGGAUGAGGAAUCGCAGGACCCUAUGGGCGACCAGAAGCGAAUGGCGGAGCUGCAGAGUAAUGUUGCGGACAAGGGUGGAUUCCGCCGCCUGCAGAUUGAGGAGAUCCAGGUCUGA